UUUGUUUUAUUAAGUUUUUUUAAAUUCUAGCAAUGGCGUUAAGGAAAACCUUGGCGGAGAAGCUUUGCAAUGUCUCGAAGAUUUCUUCGCAAGCUCUUACCAAUUGCAGGAUUUCCUCACCAGCGGUUCAGAACCGGAUGGCACAAAAACCGGCGAAAGCAACAACAACUAUGACUGUGGAUCCACGAGAUGGUAACUGUAACGGCAAUGGCAUGUUUAGGCGGUUUCUUCAUAAAGGAACUACGGCUUCACCGGCAACGAGGAAGUUGCCGGUGGGGGAGGAUUUAAUGGAGAGAUUAAGGGAAAUCGAUAUGUGUAGGGAUCGCAUCCGGUUGGAGGGGUUGAUCCCGGUCUUUGAGGCGAUGCCGGAGGUGCCUGCACUGUCCGCUCAGGAAGCGAAGAAAUUGUUAAGGGCGGCUCAGCUGGAGGUGGUGAAAUCGAAGUUGAGGGAGAUCGGGAGAAACUGGAUAUCGUAUUCUGACUUCAUUCGGAUUUGCGGGGAAAGUUGCUCGGAUCAAGAACAAGGAUUGCAGUAUGCGAAAUUGCUGGAUGAAUCAGGAAACGUCAUCGUUUUGGGAAACCUGGUCCUUUUACGUUCCGAACAGGUAGCAAAAGCUCUGGGAGGUCUAAUUCCAUUACCCGGAUCAAUCCCGAAUGACCCCAGAAGAAAAGAACUGAUGGAGUUGGAAAAGAAGAAAGCAAUAAUCGAUUCGAAAGCCGAUUCUAUGGUCCGACGUGAACUCUGGCUCGGCCUAGCGUUCCUGGUGGUUCAAACAGCCGGGUUCAUGAGGUUAACAUUCUGGGAACUCACAUGGGAUGUGAUGGAACCCAUUUGUUUCUACCUCACAUCCAUGUAUUUCAUGGCCGGCUAUGCAUUUUUCCUCAGGACAUCCAAAGAACCUUCGUUCGAAGGGUUCUAUAAGAGCAGGUUCACCACAAAGCAAAGGAAGCUCAUACACGCUUACAAUUUCGAUAUCCAGAGGUAUAAUGAACUCAAGACAGUGUUUCCAUCCACAUUACAACAACCCUCAUCGACGUCGUCGGUUUCAUUUCAUCGUUCUGGAAACAUGCAGAUGGGUGCUUUGGAUCAUUGAUGAUCGGAUAAUGUAAACA